AUGCAAAACCACGUCGACGUUCAGAAGCCAAGAAUGCCUAUCAAUACAAUGCUAAACGGAUCGUCAGCCCAAACGGACAGUACCCAGAAGUGGCCCAAAAAUGUUGGCAUUUUGGCCAUUGAUAUGUAUUUUCCGAAUGCAUUCGUCGAUCAAAAAGAUCUCGAAAAGUUCAAUGGAGUCGGAGAAGGAAAAUAUACGAUAGGCUUAGGUCAGCAUCAGAUGGCCUUUUGCAACGACAGGGAAGACAUCAACUCUAUCUGUCUCACUGUCACUAAAUCAUUGAUGGAUAAGCACUCCAUCGAUCCCAAGAGUAUUGGCUUUUUGAUGAUCGGAACCGAGACUAUAAUCGAUAAAUCAAAAAGUGUUAAAACAGUUUUAAUGGACUUAUUCGAGAAGAGCGGCAAUCAUGACAUCGAAGGCAUUCACGCCACUAAUGCAUGCUAUGGCGGAACAGACUCUCUAUUCCGGGCCUGGGAUUGGAUUGAAUCCAGUUCUUGGGACGGAAGAUAUGCCAUCGUUGUGGCCGCAGAUAUCGCCGUCUAUGCCAGCGGUCCCGCCAGACCUACAGGAGGAUGUGCUGCGAUUGCAAUGCUUGUGGGUCCGGACGCUGCCAUCGUUUUUGACAGGAAAGUGCGGUCCACUUACAUGUCGAACGUCUAUGACUUCUAUAAACCCGAUAUGAGUUCGGAGUACCCGACAGUCGACGGCCCGCUUUCCAACCAAUGCUAUCUCCAGGCACUCGACAAAUGCUUUAAACUAUAUUUCGAAAAAGCAAACAAACUGACAAAAGGCACGUCUCUCGACACCUUUGACGCUAUUGUAUUUCACGCCCCGUAUUGUAAACUCGUCCAGAAGUCCAUCGCACGACUUCAGCUCCUUAAUUAUCUGCAGAUGCGGUCCACUUACAUGUCGAACGUCUAUGACUUCUAUAAACCCGAUAUGAGUUCGGAGUACCCGACAGUCGACGGCCCGCUUUCCAACCAAUGCUAUCUCCAGGCACUCGACAAAUGCUUUAAACUAUAUUUCGAAAAAGCAAACAAACUGACAAAAGGCACGUCUCUCGACACCUUUGACGCUAUUGUAUUUCACGCCCCGUAUUGUAAACUCGUCCAGAAGUCCAUCGCACGACUUCAGCUCCUUAAUUAUCUGCAGAUGCGGUCCACUUACAUGUCGAACGUCUAUGACUUCUAUAAACCCGAUAUGAGUUCGGAGUACCCGACAGUCGACGGCCCGCUUUCCAACCAAUGCUAUCUCCAGGCACUCGACAAAUGCUUUAAACUAUAUUUCGAAAAAGCAAACAAACUGACAAAAGGCACGUCUCUCGACACCUUUGACGCUAUUGUAUUUCACGCCCCGUAUUGUAAACUCGUCCAGAAGUCCAUCGCACGACUUCAGCUCCUUAAUUAUCUGCAGAGUUCGGACAAUCAAAACAACGAUUCUCGACAGGAGGAUGUGCUGCGAUUGCAAUGCUUGUGGGUCCGGACGCUGCCAUCGUUUUUGACAGGA